GUGUGCGAUCGUGAAACAUUGCAGACCCCAAUUAAAGCCUCAUGCUCGUUAUCCCCAAACCCAAUCUCUCUAUUGUUGUCAAGCAAGCAAGCUUAACACUUUUUUCUCAAACCAUAACCAAACCAGAAACAAGGAGAAGGAAGAGGAGGAGAAAUGGCAACAGCAACUGUAGCUGGAGUGAGCCUCUCAACCCCAAGAAUGUUGGCCAAAGCAACCGAGACACCAAAGGCUUUCCAGCCAGCAUGGCUCAGCAACCCCUGGAGAAGGUCGGGUGGCCAGCAGCUAUUGGGCGGUGGCCGCAUGACCAUGAUAAGGCCAGUGAGCGCAGCCCCAGAUAAAAUAUCGGAGAAGGUGGCUGAAAGCAUCAAGAGCGCAGAGGAGACUUGCUCAGACGACCCAGCAAGCGGGGAGUGCGUGGCAGCAUGGGACGAGGUUGAGGAGCUGAGUGCUGCGGCCAGCCAUGCCCGCGACAACAAGAAAACUUCCGACCCGUUGGAGACUUUCUGCAAGGACAACCCCGAAACAGACGAGUGCCGUACUUACGACAACUGAGUGGUCUCUCUCUCUCUCUCUCUCACUCACUCAUUCAAGUGCCUUAGAUUGAGGUUGUCGUUUGUCAAUUCUCAAUCACUAGUCAUGUUUUAGAUUUCACAGUACUAUGAAUUUAGCGUUGCUUUAUGUUAAAACUAAAUGCAAGCUUAGCAGCUGCUGCUAAUGCGUCAUGAUACGUUGGGUUGCUUCCUCUUAUUUCACAUGAUGAUGAUAUCAUAUAAUCUUGCAACAUAAAUUGGUGAUUAUUAGCUUCCAAAUAUUAUACAGAAGCCUUUCAUUUUUAUUUA